AUGUACGGUGCAGUCUCCUCCUUUGGCUACAGCGGCACCAUCGUCCACGCCGUCCUCUCGCAGCGCUUCUCGUGGCAGGACGAGCUGCACCCGCUGGCGCAGCAGCCGGGCCGCGCCGGCGAGGCCCACCUCUUCCGCUCGCCGGCCCGGGGCCGGCUAGUUGCCCUCAUGGCCGACCACGUCGUGCAAGGCCGCGUCAUCUUCCCCGCGGCCGGCUACCUCGAGCUGGCGCGGGCCGCAUGCCAGGCGAGCACGCUUUACGCGGGCAGCCGUGCGUGCCAUCUGCGCCGCGUCCUCUUCAUGCAGCCCUGCGUGGUGGAGCCGGCUGCCGACCAGCACAUCGAGUGCGAGGUGUCGGGUGCGCUCGACAGUCUUGAGAUUCGCAGCGGCGCGGGCGCCGCCCUCGCCGAGCGGAUGCGCGCGUGCUGCCCGCACGCCGCCGAUGCAGCUCGGAUCUACGGCGACUUCCGCGCCGUUGGGCUCGAGUACGGCCGCGCCUUCCAGACGCUCGCUCAGGGCUGGGCGUCGGCUCUCUCGGGCACGGCGAUCGCGUCUCUGCGCCCCCGACGCAAGGCGUGCCUCGAGGGCACUCUCCUCCACCCCGCGGACCUUGACGGCGCGCUGCAGGCCUCGAUUCUGAUGGAGCGCGAGCGCUCGAGCGAGACUCGACUCCCCUUCUCGGUGGCAGAGGCGGCGCUCAGCGGCUUGCACGGCAACAUGGUCGCGAUGCUGAGCCGGCGAGGCGCCUCCACGGCUGACGUCGUCCUGUCUGGCCUCGGGAAGGCGACGAGGCUCGACCACUUCGAGAGCCGUGUGCUCAAGAAGGGCGCCGCCGGCAAGGCUGCCUCGGCCGCCGGCAAGGCUGCCCCGGCCGCCGACUGGUCCUACGCGUGCGAGUGGGCUCCGGUGGCCUCCGCCGCGGCCGAUCCGAGCCAGGAGGCCCGCGUCUUGCUCGUGGGCGACCGGCGCGGCACGCUGGCCGCGGCGCUCGGGCGGAGCAUCGCUCGGCGCGCGGAGAGCGGGUCCGCCUCGGAGCUGCGCGAGGCCGGCGCUCUCGAUGGCGUCGUCCUCGUCGCGCCGCCCCGGGCUGCGGCCGCGCUGGGCAGCAUCGCGUCGGCGCUGACCAUCGUGCAGUGGCAGAUGGACCUGCCCGCCGCUGUGCCGGUGUGGGUCUGCACGCACCUGACCCAGCCCGUCGCCUCCGUGCGGCGGAGCUCGAGCGAGCACGCCGGUCUGUGGGGAUUUGCGCGUGCGUGUCUGCAAGAGGCAGCCGGGCUGCCGCUGUACAACCUGGACCUCGACUUCGGGUGCGCGCAGUCGCUGCGUGGCGCGGCCGAGCUCGUGCGCUCGCGCGCGCUGGCAUCCGAGGACGGGUUCGUCCACGGCUUGCGAGUGGGACCCGCCGCCGAGAACGAGGCCGCGCUCCGCGGCGGCUCGAUGCACGUUCGCCGGCUGACCUUGCGGAGAUCGCCGGCGGCGUUGCAGUCGAUCGUCCUGACUUGCGAGCCCCGCGGCUCAUUCGCGAACCUCAAGCUCGAGCCUCGGGGCGACCACUCGUCCCGCGAUGGCAACGAGGUGGCGCCCACCGAGGUCAGCAUCGCCGUGCAUGCGGUCGGCCUCAACUUCCGGGAUGUCCUGGAUGCGUUGGGUGAACUUCCGUCGGAGUACCUUGGCACGCUUGGUUCCGACUGCGCUGGCAUGGUGGAGCACGCGGGCUCGCAGGUCGCUCACAUUGCUCAGCGCGACGCUUGCUUCGGUCAGGCGAAGAAUUGCCUCGCAUCGCAUGUGUGCUGCGACGGGCGAUUGCAGGUGCGCAAGCCGAGCGCGGUGAGCUUUGAGGCCGCGACCACUCUGAUCAGCACCUGGUGCACUGUGCACGUGGCGUUCGUCCGGUCCCGGCUCGUCGGCUCGCGGCGGCUGCUCGUGCACGCUACGGCCGGCGGCGUUGGCCUGGCGGCUUCGGAGUACGCCGCGUGGCUUCGCCUCCGGCUCUUUGGCACCGCGGGCGCCCCGCGCAAGCACCACCUCCUGCGGUGCUGCGGCGUGCGCUCGACUGCGAGCUCUCGCCAAGCUGCCUCGUGCGGGCAUUCGCUCGCAUCGCAGCUUGGCGGGCGGCGCCUGGACGGCGUGCUCAACAGCCUGUCCGCGGACUUCAUCUCCACCUCCUUCGCGCUCCUUGCGCCGGCCGGCCGGUUCGAAGAGAUCGGGAAGCGCUCCGUGUGGAGCGUUGCGCGAGCCGCCGCCGCCGUGCCGAGCGCCUAUUCCGUCCUCGACAUGGCGCUCGACGUCCCCGCCGACCCUGACUGGUACUCUGCAGAGGUGCUGCAGGUCCUCGCGCGGCGGCUCGAGGCGGUUGUGGUCCACGGCCUCCCGCUCCGCAGCUUCGGCAUCGAGCGCGAGGCACGAGACGCGUUCCGGUUCCUCUCGGGCGGCGCAAACCUCGGCAAGGUGGUGAUCACGAUACCUGUCCGGUUGGGUGCGCCAAGCUCGUUGGCGGUGGCGUUUGCGCCGCUCUGCGAGCUGCUUGAUGCCCACGUGUCGGACGCGGUGCGCGCGCUCGAGGAAUUGCCGCAGGUGACGGACGCCCACGAGGUGCUUGAGAGGGCUGUGAGGCACGACAUCGCCCGCGCCCUGAGCGGUUUGGACCCUUCUGCCAUCCCCAAGUGGCACCACCGGCUGCUACAUGAGUGGUGCGCCGCCAUCGAGCCGCCCACAGAGCCCGCAUCGUACGAAGACGUGCUCGCAGUGUCGCCGCGGCUCUGGCCUGAGGUUGGCGUGACUCAACGAUGUGCCUCCCAGCUCGCCGCCGCCCUCCUCGGCACCGUCGCCUACCAGGAGCUCCUCUUCCCGGGAGGGUCGAUGGAGCUGACGCUGCCCGUGUACGAGGACGCCGUCAACGCUCGCUUCUACAACGAGUGCGUGGUGGCCGCGGUCGACUCCAUCAUUGCCAGCCUGCCAGCCGGCCGCUUCUUGAGCGUCGUCGAGGUUGGCGCCGGCACGGGCGGCACGGCAUCGAGCGUGCUGCCGCGGCUGCGUCGGGUGUGCGAGCAGUACAUGUUCACCGACGUGUCGGAGGUCUUCCUCAACCAGGCGCAGCGGCGCUUUGCCGAGUACGCCGGCUUCAUGCGCUUUGAGCUGCUCAACAUCGACGCCGACUCGCGCCUCCAGGGCUUCGCCUCGGGAUCGUUCGACCUCGCCAUCGCCACCAACGUGCUGCACGCGAACUACGCCUCGUAG